UUCCAAUUGUGAAAUUAACCGAAAAAUAAAUUCAACUAUAAACGAUGCUGGAGGCUCGUCUUGGGGAAACUCAGCUGCUUAAGAAGAUUGUCGAUGCCCUCAAGGAGAUCAUCUCGCUGAGCACCCUGGACUGCAGCGAAACAGGCAUGCAGCUGCAGUCCAUGGACAAUUCGCACGUUUCGCUGGUGUCUCUGAGCCUGCAGACUGGAUGCUUCGAGAAGUACCGCUGCGAUCGUAAUGUCUCGCUCGGCUUGGAUCUCAAAUCCCUGUCCAAAGUCGUCAAGAGCGCCAGCGGCGAUGACAGCGUCACACUGUCCGCGGCGGACAAAGCUGACAAGCUGCUCCUUAGCUUCGAGUCGGACAACAAAAGUCGCACGGCGGACUACGAGCUAAAGCUGCUGAAUCUGGACCAGGAUCAUCUGGGCAUACCCGACACGAAUUACGCCUGCACCGUGCAGAUGCCUUCGAGCGAGUUUGCUCGUAUUUGUCGGGACAUGAGCAUGUUCAGCGAGACGGUGGUAAUUUCCUGCACCAAGCAGGGCAUCAAGUUCUCGGCCAACGGCGACCUGGGCUCGGCCAACAUUAAGCUUGCCGAGACCUCCAAGGGGGACAUCACCAUAGACGUGGAGGAGCCCAUAACCCAAUCCUUUGCCGGACGAUACCUGAACACUUUCACACGAGCCACGCCGCUGUCGGAUCGGGUCAAGAUAUGCCUAGCCCCGGAGGUUCCUCUGCUGGUGGAGUACUCUAUCGAGGACUAUGGGUACAUACGAUACUACCUGGCCCCCAAGGUGGACGACGCGGACGCCUAACAUGUUACAGAAAACAUUAUGUGCAAUAUUUUCAAAC